AUGCGAUUCUUCUCUGGCUCGGGGACUACAGUUCCUGCUCCCUUGGCUCCGCACAAGGAAGACACAUUGCGGUCGUGGAACAAGCUCAAUUCGGUUAUCCAAAAGGGCUGCGUUGAUUUGGAUGGAGAAGCCCUCGAUAUCGCGAGUGUGGCGGCAGUUGCUCGUGAUGGCUGCGGCGCCCAAAUAUCCAACGAACCCUGGGUAGCCCAAAAAGUGCUCGCGGGCGUUCAGACCCUGAAUGAAUACCUAGCCAAAGGAUAUUCUAUCUAUGGGGUCAACACCGGCUUUGGAGGUAGUGCAGACACCCGGACAACGCACACUGUACGGCUACAAGAGGCACUUCUCCAGCUUACCCAAGCAGGCAUCUUGACGAGCAGUGACUGUGCCCCCCGAGUGGGAGAUUAUAAUCUGGGUUCCCACGCCAUGCCAGUGGCAUGGGUACGAGCCACCAUGCUCGUGCGAUGUAACCACCUCCUGAGAGGCCACUCGGGCGUGCGACUGGAGAUCAUUGAGGCGAUGUUGAAAUUGCUGCGAGAGGGCUUCACACCGCUUGUGCCACUGCGAGGCUCCAUCUCGGCUUCGGGUGACUUGAUGCCCCUUUCAUACUUGGUUGCGGUCUUGGAAGGGAACCCGGACGUCAAGGUUCACUGGGAUUCGAAGCCGGAGACCAAGGUUGUAUCGACGACCACUGCUCUGGAGAUGACUGGCAUUAAGCCUUUCGUUCUGGGUCCGAAGGAGGGACUGGGUCUUGUGAAUGGAGCAGCUGCCUCUGCGGCUGUUGCAUCUUUGGCGGCGCAUGAAGCGAGUCAGCUGGUUAUCCUGGCUCAAUCACUCACUGCAAUGACGUGCGAGGCCAUGAUGGGGAAUGCAGAGAACUAUCACGAGUUCCCUGCCCGAAUCCGCCCUCACCCUGGCCAGAUUGAAGUCGCUGGCAACAUCCGCAAGGGCCUAGAGGGUUCGAAACUUGUUGAAACCUCCGAUAAAAAGGAUCGCUUCCGUCCGGGACUCAUUCAGGAUCGGUAUGCUCUCCGUGGUGCAUCACAGUGGCUUGGGCCGGUAGUGGAAGACCUCGGAUUGGCCGUGCAGCAGCUCACCACCGAACUCAAUUCCACGCAGGACAACCCGGUCAUCGAUUCCGAUACCCAAGAGGUAUACUCCUGCUCCAAUUUCCAGGCAGCUUCUGUCUCGGUGGCCAUGGGAAAGGUACGCGAGGGCCUGCAGAUGGUUGGCAAGCUCUUGUUCAGCUACUCGUCGGAGCUUAUCAACCCCGAUCUAAGCAAGGGUCUCCCGCCCAACCUGGCGGCUGAUGAUCCUAGCUUGUCAUUCACGAUGAAGGGUGUUGAUAUCUCCAUGGCUUCGUAUAUGUCGGAGCUUGGGUUCUUGGCCAAUUCGGUGACGUCGCAUGUCCAGUCUGCUGAGAUGCAUAACCAGCCGAUCAAUUCGCUUGCUCUUAUCUCUGCUCGCUAUACUUUGCAGGCCGUGGAGCUUGUUUCAAUGAUGAGUGCAGCUCUUCUGUACGUGGUCUGUCAAGCUCUGGAUCUGCGGCUGCUGCAUGAGACUUUCCUGAAUAAACUGGACGGCGUGGUACAGUCGACGUUGCCAGAAUUAUUGGAUUCGUCAGACAAGGAGACUAUGAUAAAGCUUCAAACCGGUAUCAGCAAAGCAAUCCGAGGAUCAUGGAAAGGAUCCUCACGAGAAGACCUGUCCCUCCGGAUCCAAGGAUUGUCAACAGCCAUGGCCCCGGUCCUAUUGACACAAGCCAAGAGUCUGAACGUCGAAGAUCCUAUUGCAAAGAUCGAAUCAGUGCAGCAGCGUAUCUGCCAGGAAGCACAGUCGCUCUAUGAGGAGACACGUAGUCGGACGUUGUCGGGGGAGCUGAAUGCUGAAUCAUCGCUCGGUUCUUCUUCCAAGUCUCUCUAUCGCUUUGUGCGACGUGAUCUGAAUGUGCCGUUUCACUGUGGUCUUUUGGAGCAUCCUACCAUCGACAGUAAGAUCGCGGGUGUGCCACAGCGCCCGCGGAAGACAAUCGGGUCGUGGAUUUCAAUCAUCUAUGAGGCCAUUCGUGACGGCAGGAUUCGAAGCCCUCUGAGUUGA